GCAAAAAAAUAUUAUAACGGGAUUUUGUCGGUCAUCCGCUUGUGUAUCAUGAUUAUGUGCUCACUUUCUUCGUUCUCUUCCCAUUUUUCAUUACAUUUACUGGGACUCAUCAUCACCAUUUUAUCAAGCAUUGUUUUUGGAAACGAUAUCACGAAAGAUCCACCAAUAAUUCAGCCGUUCAUUUUUCCUGAAACUGCCUCUCAAGGUCAGAGAGUAACAGCUACUUGUGGAAUUCUUCAAGGAUCCAAACCUUUGACUUUUCAAUGGAUGAAAGACGGCAAAGAAAUAAUUAAUGUUCCUAAUACAUCAGUAGAUGUACAAGCUGAAUAUUCCGUUCUUACCAUAUCACCUGCAUCCAAAAGCAAUGUGGGAAACUAUACUUGCAUUGUACGAAAUUCGUUUGGUCAGCAUAGCCAUGCUGCUGCUUUUACAUUAAAAGAGGCCCCAUUUUGGGUCAAAGAACCUGAGGACAUCAUUGGUGUUGAAGGGCAAAGAAUUGAAAUAAAAUGUUCUGCUGAUGGAUCACCAAAGCCUGAGAUAACCUGGAAGAAAAAAGCAGAAGGGCAGAUAAUGAAUUUGGGUGACUUUGCCGAGCAGCAAAAAGAUGGAUCUCUCAUCAUUAGUAAUUUGAAAGCUGAGAAUGCUGGAAUGUAUGCAUGCGAGGCCAAAAAUGGGAUAGGAAAUUCUCUAAAGAAGCUUAUUAACGUUUACGUACAUGAAUAUCUACGGAUUUUGUAAAAAGCGGCUCUCGUUUGAUAUAUGCAUCGAUUACACUCUCUUUAUGGAUAAUAUUUACAGUGUCCUUUAGUGUUAUUACAAUGAAG